GGUCUCUUGUGUGAAUUGUAUCAUUAGAUCGAACGAUCAGAGGAAGACAGAAAGUACUUGUUGAGUACAUCGGCCAGGACUUACUACAACGCAUACCGACAAUGACGAUUCUUUAUGUUGCUACAAACGCGAACCGCUUGAAAGCAAUCGAGGUAAACAGCGACACAGGCGAAUUUGUGCGCACAGUUCAAGACAUUGACCCAAUUGUUCGGUCAAGAAAGCAUCAAACGCCCUUGACACCAGGAGACAUCGAGAACAACAACGACCACCACAAUAGCCCACCUUCUAGGAUCGACACUAACAACGACAAGGAGAAAUCUUUUCUUUUCGAAUGGUUGACUUCGCAUCUGAAUUUUGGAAUGCCAACCACAGAGUGGAUCGAACGACACCCAACAUUCGAUUCGUUGCUAUACGUAUUUACAUCAUUUGGGAGCAAGAGGUCGGCUGUUGUCACCACAUAUCGUAUUCUUGGCAUCGGAAACAACAAUGGCAACAACGAGGACGACUCUGAGAAGAACAAACAUAUUCGAGGCCAAUUGAAAAAACUCGGCAGCGUAGAGACGCAAGGACUCCACGUUGCACACGUGGCAUUUUCACCUGAUUACAGUACCCUUUCCAUAAAAGCAAAGCCCCCAUCAACACUAUGCGUUGGUCACUACCUCGACGGAAGCUUGUCGUUCUUUGAUUGUAGCCAAGAUUGUGCCCUAGGCGAACCACAAAAGAUCGUGGUGCUUCCCGAGAUCCGUCCCGAAACGCGAAGAAAAACAUUGCCUAAUCCCCUCCCUUCUAUCCAUCACGUGACUUACAAUCCCCGAGGAAGGAUCCCUAGCAGUUGCAAUGAUUCCGACGACGAAGGUGACAGCUGCAACUACCUCUUGGUCUCCGAAACUUCCAAACAAGGCCGGGUGUGGACGUAUAAUGUCGAUUCAAUUGGAUUGCCUAUUUCCAGUCAACCGGCAUCUUUUCUCAAAGUAACCUUCAUUACCCCACCGUCGGGCUGGUUCGCACGACUCGUUACUGGAAGCUGGGUCGCAGGACUGGCCGACUACCGGAUUCGUCGAUGUGCGGUUCAUCCCAAUGGACUUUAUGCGUACCUAUUGUUGGAGUUUAAUUGCGUUAUUCAGGUUUACGAAAUUCAACCUGAAACGGGUCGGAUCUCGGGGGAUUGCCUACAGGAAAUUCCCACAAUCGAUCCGAACAAAGUAAUUGGUCUCGCAGUCCAUGGUUCGGCGGAGCUUCAUGCUACAGAUACCGAAAUUUUUGUACUCAAUCGUGGGUUGAACCCUUUCCCCACAGGCAGCUGGGCAGAAUCAGACGUACGGGUCUUUUCCAUCGAAAAUAAUGGAGCAAAGCUGGUACCGAAAACAACUAUAGCUUGUGCGGGUCGCGCUUGUCACUUUUUGGCAUUACCUAGGGAUCAGUCGUACCCCACGCAACUCUUUGUGGGAUCGGAUAUGGGAAGACAAUUUGAAAACGUGGAGGAACAAACCAGCGCUUCGAUCGAAACAUUUGUCCGAAGCAAUGCAGAAGAAGCCGGUGGGACGUUCGAACGGGUUGGAAUUGCGAAUGUCGGGAUGGAUCGCAUCACUUGCAUCGCGGCGCUUUCGUGAAAUAUGGUAAAAAGGAACUAGAAAACCAAGGUUUUCAGUCUUGUGUAAAUCACCAAAGAAUAUAAGGGGCGCUGGGCGCUUCGGCGAGGAGAAUCACCUCUAUUGCGCCAUGCUUUCGCCUGAAGUCGAUUCGAGUUUCCCUAUCUUUGAAAAGCACGCGAAUGACUGAGAAUUUAGGCAGAAUAUAUCUUUCAGAAGGAU